AUGUUUAAAUCAUCAUUGUUUUUGCGUUGUGUGUUCUUCUUUGCAAUCACGCCUUAUUUAGCUUCUGCUAUGACAGCAGAGCAGAGGGCGCAAAUCCAUGCACACUUCGAGACUGUGGGCAUGGAGUGCAACAAAGGUAGUAACAUGAUUACAGCUGACGAUAUCGCCAGCCUUAGGGCUAGGAAGAUACCAGCAGGACCAAAUGCCCCUUGCUUCUUAGCGUGCAUGUUAAAGCAUAUUGGUAUUAUGGAUGACAGUGGCUUAUUGCAAAAAGAAACAGCUCUUGAAAUGGCCAAAUCCGUCUUCCAAGAUCCUGAGGAGUUGAAACAAAUUGAAGAUUACCUCCAUUCGUGCUCUGGUGUUAACUCCGAGUCUGUAAGUGAUGGAGCGGCGGGCUGCGAACGCGCUAUGCUGGCUUACAAAUGCAUGACGGAAAACGCUUCUCAGUUCGGUAUCGAUGUUUAAAAGCAAACUGACUGCAUAGAAAAUUCUGGAUCCAAGGACUCGGCAUUUUUAAUUUUUAGUUCUAAGAUGAAUGUAUAAAUUAAAUUGUUUUAUUUAUUACUGUGUAUUGUAUUAAAUGGUUAUU